GCCUGGACAGAAAAGAACAAAGAAGAAAGAGAGAGAGUCUUCAUGUUCCCAUGUGCAUUUCUUGGAGACUACUACCCAUCUCAAGGUGGAUUCCAAGAAGGCAGAGUUAGCUAUAGGCAGUUCUGAAGUACAUCCAUCUCUCUGCAAGCAACCAUAAUUGUCAAACUCUGUGUACAUUUUAAACACCCUCUUGUGCUUCUGGUGCUUCUUCUUCCAGUUUUAGUCAAUGAAGAUGGAAGGCUGAGUUGAACAAGACCAGAAAGUUUUGCUCCUGCACAACUCGCUUCAAGACAGCGAAAUGAAAUAGAAGAACUGCUCCAACAGAAUAGACUGCUGUUCUGAGAAAGAGAAGACCAACUAUCCAGCGGCUUUGGUACGAACCAGAACUGCGCAUGAGUCCUUAAAGCCCUGCUGCCCAGGGUCCAGAGGAGACCCUCCUGCGCCCAGGGCCUGAGGCUGGGCUCUGUCCCACGUGGCUCUGCUGCUGCUGCUGCCCAAGGAAGAAGCCAAGGAGCCCUCUCUCUGCCUGGCAUGGACUGCCCUCCCCAGCCAGCCUCCCUGGCGGCGCCUGGGCUGCUGCCCUCCUUCCCCUGACUGGACCCCUCUGGCUUUCCUUUGGGGGAGGAGGGGGAGGGCAACCCCAAAGACCCUCCUCCCCGGGGGGCCUCAGUGGGGGCCUCUGGGAAAUGGGCGCCCAGGAAGAAGGGAGCGCCUCUGGGCUCUGAAGGCUUUGCUUCUGGGGCUGGAGACUGGCAUUGGGGGUUUCUGUGUGUCUUUGCUUUGAGAAAGAGAGAGAGAGAGAGAGAUUGAGGAAGCACCUGUUGAGGCAAGGGGCUCUGUCUGUCAAAGGGGAGCUGCCUAACAAGCCAAAGGCUCCAUUGGAGGAGAGGACCCCUGCCCUUGGACCAAGAUGGACCCUGCCAGGGAGGCCUCCAUCGGGGAGUGCCCUGAGCUGCUGCCUUCCUCCUCUGCCCAGAGGAGCCAUUCCCGCCACAUUCUGCGCAAAGUGGCCUCCCAGGUGGUGACCCAGACCAACCCUCCGGUGGGCAUCGUCUUCACCACUUUGCUCUACUGCGGGGAGCUGGCCUCGGCCUGCGUGGUCAGCUUCGCCUACAGUCGCUCGGAGGACAUCUUCUGGCUCUCCUUGACCCUGCUCCUGAUGCUCAUCCCUUCCGUCAUGGACCAGUUCACCCUCAUCUUCGUCCACCGGGACCUGACCAGCGACAAGCCCUUCAUCUUCUUCAUGCACCUGGUGCUGCUGGGGCCUCCCAUCAGGUGCUUAGAGGCCAUAGUGAUUUUCUAUAGGUUGGGGAGAGAGGAAGAGCCAUACGUCACCAUCACUCGCAAGAAGCAUAUCCACAAUAACUCCGAGUUUGAGCUGGAGCAAGAAGUGGGGCACUCGGUGCGCAGGCUGGUCACUCAUCGCAAUGCCUUCAAGCGCAUGGCCGUCAUUCAGGCAUUCCUGGGCUCGACCCCACAGCUCACCCUGCAGCUGUAUGUCAGCGUUGUGGAGCAAUAUGUCCCCACCAGCAGAGCAGUUCUCAUGUGCAUCUGUCUGCUGUCAGUCACCUAUGGAGCAUUGGUCUGCAACGUCUUGGCAAUCCAGAUCAAAUAUGAUGACUACAAGAUUCGCCUGGGUCCACUGGGCUUCAUCUGCAUUAUUCUCUGGCGUAGCUUGGAAAUCUCUACCCGGAUCACCAUCUUGGUUCUUUUUGGGAGUGUCUUCAAGCAGUACGCAAUGGCUGUUGGUGGGGCCAGCUUCCUGGUGUUUUUUUUCCUACCAUGGGUCCAGUUUUGGAAGACUGGCAGCCGGCUGCCUGACCAUGUGGAAAAGAAUUUUAGCUGGGUGGGAACAGUCACUGUCCUGUGCACUAUCACUUUGCUCUAUGCUGGUAUCAAUGUCUUUUGCUGGUCGGCCGUGCAGCUCACAUUGGCUGACCGAGACUUGAUUGCCAAGUCGCAAAAUUGGGGGUGUUUAGUUUUGUACUAUGUCUUUCGGGGAGUGGAGAACAUUGUGCUGGUGCUUGCCUGGUACUUUUUCAAGACGGAUGUCUACGAGUACGUCUGCACCCCAAUGUUAGUGUUGCAACUAAUGGUGGCCUACUGCAUGGCCAUCAUGUUCAUGCUGUUCUUCAUGCAAUAUCUCCACCCCUGCCGCCGCCUCUUUACACACAACAUCUCUGACUUCUUACAGUGUGUCUGCUGCAAGCGAGCGAAAGCCGUCACACCCCUGCAUCUCGAGCCCCCCUGGGAACCUGGUGUAAGGCAUAGCAUUGUCUGAUGGAAGUGAUCCGAACCAAAUCAUGAGCCAAAUUGCUGAUUUGCAUCAAGCAGGAAGUACCACACACCUUGCCUGAGGGUACUGAAGAGAUAGGCCUUAGGUUUAUGGUGCUAUGAUCCAUGUACAAGGUGUGGUGAUGGUAGUGACCAGAUUGAGCCUUUUGGAGCAUCAUCUGGACCAGUGGGCCAAAUCAUGAGGGGCAAUCGGUACGAUUUUACUUCAUGGAUCUCCCUGCAUAGUCAGGAGCAGUCAAGCAAGGUGUGCCCAUAAAGCUGAGGCAAACAUAUUUGGAACAAGUGACUUAGGCUGGCAGGGCUGGUCCAGUCACUGAAGAGACUGUGCUGUCUGUCUGCUGGAAUGUUUACCUCAGUGGCAUCCCUUUGUAAAAUGCUCGUUUCAAGGAUAUUUCACAUAGUUGGAAAAUCGAAACAAGCUUACUUGCAGGGAAGGGGUGACUCGUUUAACGAUCAACCAGGAGAUCUUCUGGACACAAUCCUUCUAACACACAGUGUCCUUAUUACACAACAGGCCUCCUGAGGUCAUAUAUAAUUGUGCCCUAAUAUGUUAAAGGGGUCUGAACACACACUUUUGACUUGCCUGUUGUAGCUUUUAUGAUGUGUCGUCUUUGUCCUUCCCUUAUUGUAUUUAUUUAUUUGUUUGACUUGAGAAUGGAUGAUGUUUAAAUCCAAAGUGUGCCAGGAAAUUUUUUAAAAGGAAUUUGGCUUUGUCUAAUGCUUGUCUUUCUCCCAAUGGCACUGGGGGCAAUGUGACGCCUGUUUUAAUAGAGAAGCUCAGAUAAUCCUGGGCUAGAAGAAAAUGAGCCUGUGCUGCUCAUGUCUGGAUGGUGCUCCAGUAGUGCUGGAGCUGGGUGUGUAUUUGUAUCACAGCAAGGGACUGUUUAAGGGGUGCUUUAAGCAGCACCAUAGCCUGGAAACACUACUUUUUGGACUAAAAUUUUCAGAACAGAGACUGUUGCCCAAAUACCGCAGACUGUGUGGCCAUUGGCCUAUGGAAGUUUUAGCAAAAUAAAUAAAUAAAUACAAAUAAAAUACAUACACUCCACCAAAACAGGUACUGAAGUCUGAGGAGCACCCUUCUCUAUGGAAGAUGUGAUGAAACUUUGGGGGUUGAGGUCAGCCUAAGUGACUCUGCAUGAUGACUUGGUUCGGGAGGUUCACCACUUCAUGUACAUUAUCAUGUUAAUGAAAAGAGGUCAUUUUAUUAUGCUCUGGGCAUGGGCUGCUGAUUUUCAUGCAUGACUACAUGCAUUUAGGUAAAAACAGCACUAUUUGUAUACAAGAAUGAAGUGACAGCAGUCUUGGGGGAAAAGCCUCAUUUGUAGAAGUCCAAAUAAAGCCCCCCCCCCCCCCCGGACGGGGAUUAAAAAGAAAAAACCUAGUAAAAACAAACCCAUUCCAGUGUCUCUAGAAUGCUGAGUACUGGAUCAGGGUCAUGAAGGAGGGUUCAGCUGACUGACAAAACCACACUGCAACAUGUUGUUGCACUUCCCCUGUCUUCUACUGUAAGCCGCGUGCUUCAUUCAGGGCCAGAAAUGGAGUUUUACAAUGGCAAGGUUAUUUCCAGAGUGUUUAUAAUUAUUCUAUCGUGUAUUUUCUCUUAAUAUGAAAAGAAACCAAUGAAAGAAACUGGGUGAUUCAUUCAGUGUGUGAGCAGUACAACAAGGCCACCAACAAGUAGGACUGGAAAUGCUGCUCACCAGGAGUCAUGGGAUUUUAAUCUUCCAUUGUUUAUUUAGUGAUAAGAUCUCAGAUCAGUUGCUGUUACCAUUUUGGUCAUAGCUGAUGAGAUGCCUGCUACCAGGCAGAGAGUUACACCAAGGGGCAGACUUCAUCACUUGCAGCAAUGAUAUAUGCAGCAAUGGUAUAGCCAGAAAAAUGAACAUUCGCGUACAUUUGUAACAGUCCGAAAUCUUCACUUUCCCUGGUUGUACUCAAAUAUGAAAUCUUGAAUUCAAUGCAGAAAUUUUGCAUUUUUAACCUCAACAUUCAAGAGCUUUAGACUUCAUGUAAUUCAGAUAGUUCUGGUAGGCAGCAAAUAUGGAAUGUUAUAAUAAUGUGACAAAUACUAUGCACCAUUGCAUGUUGUCUGUGAGGUGUUGUUGAGUGCCAGACAUCAGUAAUGACAUUAGUUAUUGACUACUACUGCAUGCCAGUCACCAAAUAUUGCUAAACAUAAAGUACCAUUACAGUUCAGCUGUUCAGUAUUGUGAAAGUGUCAGUGAUGAAAUAAAGUUUUGUUAAAAUACAAUUUUUAUCAAAGUUGGAAAGUGGCAACAGCAACCAAAUAUGGGGGUAUUCCCCAAAUAAUGUAAAGUCGAAGGUGUUCACGGCCGGCAUUCAUGGUUUUUUUGUGGGUUUUUCAGGCUAUGUGGCAGCGUUCUGGAAGAAUUCCUGAUGUUUUGCCAGCAUGAAAACCCACAAAAAACUAUCCCCAAAUAAUGCUUAUUUGUCAUUUAAAUACCAUGAAGAGCUUAUCAUAGAAUAUAUGGUUCAUAGCCUCACACCCAGUGCAUACCCUCCAACAUCUCACAGAUGAAAACUGGGACACAUAUGGCUAAAAACAAAGUGUAGGACACAAACUGACUGUGGCAGUUUGCUUUUGCCUUAGCCUUUUGGGAAGGGCAAGACUCUGCCCUUUCUCUCUUUGCUGAGUUGAGUGCAAACUACUUUUGCAUUUUGAAAUCAGUCUGCUGCAACUGAAGUAAUAAAUAAGUAAUCUGAGAACAAAGGGAAAAAUGGGAGAGAGAAAAUGGGACAUUUAAAGGUAGCUUCCUCCUUCUCUUUCACUUUCCACUUUUGUUACCACCAGAGGUCCAGUUUUACUUCAUCAAAGAGGACUUUUAAAGUGCCAGGAUGUUUCUGCUCCCCAAUAUUGCUUUGCAGCCCAAACUGGCAAAAUGUUAUAGCUUCAGAUGAAACCAUAUUGAAACUAUGAUAUUAAGACUAUAGAGAGCCAGUGUGUUUUACAAAAGGCACAACCAGAUUAAGUAUGUAGCAAGAGCUUGUAGCACCUUUGAGACUGAAAGAAAGAAGUUGGCAGCAUGAGCUUUCGAAGACUUCAGUCCCCAAAUACAUCUGAAGAAACAGGCUUAAGUGCACCCAUUAUUUUCUGGUUUUUUUUUUUAAUUUGAAAAAGAUUAAAUGCAAAAACAGAUGUGAAUUUGUAAUUUUUAGAAAUGGUACUAAAUAUAGAAUAUAAGUAUCUGAACUGGAGCCGGUUUGUCAAAAGUCUGGCAUAUAUAUAAAUGUAAAUGUAUAAUACAAACGUGA